CCGUUGUCAUUCACAUUCCAGAGUUGGAAACGUUGGAGACGUUGGAAAGGUAUCCUCCCCCUCUUUUCACUUAACUCUGUACACAUUACUUACGUUCUUAUAUUACAAAGAAAAACAGUGAUAUAAUUUAUUUAAAAUAUAUAUUUAUACAUAUUUAAUAACCAAAAUAUAUAAUUCAAUUGAGUUUAAUUAUCGUCUAAAUAGAACACCAAGUGAUACUAGCCAGUAAUUGUUAAUUUAUUAUUAUUGUUAGAUUACAUAGAUAUAUAUGUAUAUAUUUUUUUUUAUAUAUUCACACUUGUGUGGAUAAUUUUUUAACAUAGAAGAAUCUAAUAAAAUAAAUUGCUUUACCUUAUAUAUUAUUAUUUAUAUGAGGAUAUUUAGUAAGCAAAUAUGAGCGACAGAUGAGUAUAAAUUUGAUAAAUAAUUUAUCAAUAAAAUCAAACUGGAAGUUUGGCUUAAAAGCCAUCAUCAUUCUAUCAGCAUUUGAAUUGGAUUUAAAUUUUAAAAAAGUGAGUUCCGAUAAUAAAAUUAUAUCUACCGACGAGCUGGCGCUUUUAGGAAAGCUGGAAGAAGCUAACAGGCUGAUUGAAUCAGAUGUAAAAUCAUGUAACUCAUUACAAAGUAAUCACAGCAGAAAGAGCUCAGAAUCAUUUCAGGCGACCCCGGCGUCGGGUUCUAGCGGAGAAGAUGAGACCGCGGCCCGACGCCACACCCCGACUGACGGGGAGGUUGACGUGUGGAAACGAUGGGGUCACAUAGUCGCCGACUGGGAAAAUUACUGGAGAAAACAUAAAGAUGUUAUAAAAGAAUUAGUCAAGCAAGGAAUACCACAUCACUUUAGAGGUAUUGUAUGGCAAUUGUUGUGUGGAGCGCAUGAUUCACCUGUUAAAAAACAAUUUGCCGAAUACAUUAAAUCGACAUCAGCAUGCGAGAGAAUAAUUAGAAGAGACAUUGCACGAACAUAUCCGGAGCACGAAUUUUUUAAAGAGAAAGAUGGACUUGGACAGGAGAGUUUAUUUAAUGUUAUGAAGGCGUACAGUCUUCAUGAUCGCGAAGUCGGGUAUUGUCAAGGAUCUGGUUUCAUUGUUGGUUUACUGCUAAUGCAGCAAAUGCCUGAAGAAGAAGCUUUCGCUGUGCUAGUAGCUCUGAUGCAGGAAUACCGUCUCAGAGAUAUGUUUAAGCCGAGUAUGGCUGAACUAGGUGUCUGCAUGUAUCAAUUAGAACACUUAGUAACAGACACGUACCCCGAAUUAUCAGCUCACUUUACAGCUCAAAGUUUUCAUACAUCAAUGUAUGCUUCUUCAUGGUUUCUUACAUUAUUUACAACGGCAUUGAGUCUACCACUCGCUUGUCGUAUUUUUGAUGUUUUUUUAAUGGAAGGAAUGGAUAUUAUUUUUAAAGUCGCGUUGGCGAUGUUAGAUCUUGGUAAAGAUGAUUUACUCAGUUUAGAUAUGGAAGGGAUGUUAAAGUUUUUCCAGAAAGAAUUGCCAGGUAGAGCUGAAAACGAUCCCGACGGGCUGUUAAAUUUGGCGUAUGGAAUGAAAAUAAAUCCAAAGCGAAUGAAAAAGUUAGAAAAAGACUACACGGUAUUGAAAAUGAAGGAACAGGAGGAAAUGGUCGAGUUGCGGAGGCUGAGAGCAGAAAAUCGAUUACUGAGACAGAGAACCGAGUUAUUGGAAGCUGAGUCUGCUGAAUUGGCGGACAGACUCGUUAGGGGUCAAGUAUCGCGUGCCGAGGAGGAGGAAACAACUUUUGUAGUGCAGAGAGAACUUGCGGCUUUGAGACACACUCAUCUUGAGACAAGCCAUCAACUGGAGCAGGCUCACGAGGAAUUGAGAUCAUUAUCGAUGCUAUUGGAAGAAAAUAUGUCGUCGAAACAGUCGUCUAUUGAUGAAAUGAGUAUGAAACAAGAGGCAUUGUCGCAAAAAGAAGAAAUGGUUGAGUGUUUACAGCAAGAGCUAGUGCGUGUGAGGCUGCAUGAAGCUGAAAAAGACGCGACCAUCAGGGAUUUGAGAGGAAGGAUACAGGAAUUGGAACAAGACAAAAAAACGUUACGUGAAUCAACGCCGGAUAAUUCUGUUGCGCAUUUGCAAGAGGAAUUGAUAGCUGUUAAACUUAGAGAAGCUGAAGCUAAUUUAUCACUGAAGGAUCUUAGACAAAGAGUUGGCGAACUGAGUACUGCAUGGCAACGUCAUCUACAAGAACACCGAUCAGCUCAAUCGGCACCUGCUGCUGACUCUACACCAAAAAAAUUACUAUUCUGGGAAAACCGCGGCCACGAAAUACAAAAAUUAGAAGAAGAUUUAAUGUCAACGCGCGUACGUGAAAUGGUUGUUCUCAGUGAAGUUAAAGAAUUGAGGCUAAAAGUUAUGGAGCUUGAAACCCAAGUCCAAGUCGCGACAAAUCAGCUUCGUCGUCAGGAUGAGGGUGAAAAAUUGAUACGCGAAGAAUUGGAAAUAUCAUUGGCUAAAAUAAAAGAAUUGACGAGUAAACUGCGUGAGCAGAUGCAUAAAUAUUCCGACUUGGAGUCGAAAAUGAAAGACGACGCGAUGAUGGCUCGUAUCAGAGACGCUGAACACGCUCAACAUGUCGCUGAAUUAACACAAAAAAUUUCUCUGCUCGAAUUGAAGAACGAGGAAAUGUACGCGGAAGGAGAAUUGAGAAGUAAUCUAGAUGACAGUGAUCGAGUACGCGAUUUGCAAGACAAAGUUGCUGAAUUGAAGGCAGAGAUCAUGAGAUUGAAGAAUAGUAAAUAUCAAUGGACAGGUUCAACAGAACAAAUUGGAAGAAAUACUAGCAUUGAUACUGACAGCGAAUUUGAUGAACGUGAUCUACGAAUUUGUCUUCAAGAUCAACUUAAUAAUAUCACGAUAUCCGAUUCACCGAGAAAUUAAUUUUUAAGAUUUAAUAUUAUUAUUACGAACAUAUUUAACAUCAAAGAUAGUAAUUGUAUACUUUGAUGUUAGUAUAGUUUAAGGGCAUUCUUAAACAGUGCCACCCUUCCUAACCACUUUUUAAAAAUAUUCAAUGAUUUUCAACUGUCGUAACAUUAUUAAAAUUUUAUUAAUUAACUAAAAAAAAAUUGAAGGGUUGAUUGAAAAAAGGACAACUUAGUGACGGAUAAUUGUCCCAGAGAUAUAGAAUUUGAAAAAUAUUACUUACAGUUGUCAUCAAUUAGGAGUCAAACCAAAUUUGGUAAAUAAAUUUUAGCAUACGAAAUUUGAAAUUUCAAAUUAUAUUGACAUGAAGAUUUUACUGAAAUUUAUUUGCCAAAUUUCGUUUGACUCCUAAUUGAUGACAAUUGUAAUUGCGGUGUCUUUUUUUUCCACUGAUGCUUUAACUUUUUUUUAAUUAAUUAAUAAAAUGUUAAUACAAUUAUGACAGUUCAAGAUCAUUAAAUAUUUUUAAAAAAACUGGGGGGUAAUGUCUAAGAAUGUCUUUAAUUAUUAAAACUUAAUAGGACGCGUGUAUAUGGCACACAAUACCAAGUAUUGUAUCAACGGCACUUAGUGUUUUUAGCGUAACGAAAAAAAAAUUUAAUUGCAACAAAUAAUUUUAAAAAUUUGACGAACAAAAUUCGAUAACUGAACCUAGUGAUUGGGAUACUUAAAAAAUAUUAUUAUUGAAAUUAUUUUAUUUUAUAUUAUUAUUGUUUUUUUUCUUUUAAUUCUAUUGUUUUAAACGAUAAUUAUAGUUCGUUAGACAUUUUGUUAUACAAUGUCAAUUGCAUUUAAAUGAAGUUUUUUAUAUAUACAUACAUAUAAAUAAUAUAUUAUAUAAAAUAUAAAUUCAAAUACAUUCUAUAUUAUAUUUAAAUAAUUUAACUAUCCUUUUUAAAAAAGGGGCCAAUUAAUUGUUUAUCGAUUUAUAUUUAAAUUUAAAAAACAAGAAAAAAAUAUGAAAGAAACUAACGGCAAUUAAUUAUGUGCUCAUUUAACCAUCUUCCGAUAUUUUAUAAAUUACUUACAGUAUUUUUAUUUGAAAGCUAUUAUAUUUAUCAUUUUUAUUGUCUAUUUAAAUAGAUGAGUAUAAAACAAAUAUAUAUAUAGUUAAAUACCUAGACCCGUUUAUUUAUUGAUGAAAAAUAGUUGUUGCAAGUAGACAUGAAUCUUUAAAUGAAAAAAAGACUAAAUAAAAAUUGUAAGAGUAGUGAGAAAAAAAAUUUUUAUUAAUUAAUUAAUGUAACUUUUUGUUUUGGUAUUCAAUUAUUAUUAUUAUUAUAUAUAUAUAUACAAAUGUAUUUAUUACGUCAAGUAGUUGAUUAUUUGUCAUCAUUAUUCAUCUCAUCAGUGCACAUGAGUAUUAUUCAAUCGCGUACUUACUCGCCAGUUCUAAUUCUUGGAUCUGGAAAAAAAAAAAGUAAUAAAAUAAAACAAGAGUUAAUUAACAUCUCAUUAAAUGUAUUGUCAUCUAACAUAAUAAAUUAAUAAUAUAAUAAUGUAGAUGAAGGGUUGACAAGCUUUUUUAACGAAAAAUUAAUAAUAUAAUUAUAAUAAAAAAUAA